CACGCGCAGCAGCAGCAUUAAAACACAGAGUCCCAACCAGGGACAGACAGGGUCCAGCAACGUCCCCUGUCCGAACCACGCACCGCCACGGGACACACACGACGUUAAACGGAGGAAAAACGACGCAAACAAAGUUACGUUUUUUUUUUUAUAACGUCAGGUACUAAAGAAGUUGGUUUACCGGGAAGUUUGCUGCUCACAGCAGCAGUUAUUGGAGCUUGAGAGCCGGUGUGGAGAGGAGAACCCCAACCUAAACUUCACUGAUUCCAUACGCUUGCUUUAGGCGUAUUUCUCAGCUUGAAGCGUUGAUUUUAUUCUCUAAAACAAGCCUGUCUCAUUGGACCGUGGUCAUUCCUCUGUUUGGUCACUCAGGGACUCACCAGAAAAAAAAAAAAAAAACCUAUUAACUUUGUAUAAAAAGCUACCUCAGUGGUUUUGACACACACCGAGAUAAGAGAAGAAAGAAAGUCGAAGAGGACAGACGGAGAAGUGGAUGUAUUUUCAGCCAUGGAUGUAACAGUUUACCCGCCUCCUCCUCAGCCUCUGGCCGCGUCAGACCACACCAGGCUGGGGCAGCUCUCCUACCCUGACCCGGCCUUUGGGACCAACAAGCUGGAUGGGGACACCAUGUUCCUGGGUAUGCCAGACGCAGGCCUUGACUUUGCCUCAACCAAUCAGUUUCGUGUGCCACAGCCCCCUCACCCUCUCAGCAAGAUGACGCCACCCAACCCGCCCUCACAGCACUGGAGGAGGGACACACACAUGGCCGACACACACCGUCUGCCUUGGUCAUACUCAGUGGGUGGUUUGGGCGACGAGGACUUCAACAUUCCGCCCAUCACUCCCCCCACCCUGCCAGACCACAUGCUGCCCCCGCAUCUCCCCCAUGAUUCCCCCUCUGGACCGUACCACCCUCUGGACCCACCCUCCAGCUCAGCUCCGCACCACCCCUACCAGCUCCAGGGCAUGGAUCUCCCUGGCAUGUCUGGUAACCAAGAUGGAACUACUAUGUUGAACCAAGAUGGCCGCACAUUCAGCCCGAAUGGCGGCCCAAUGACCAGCACUCUGUCUGUGAUGCAGCAGAUGGUCAACUCUGAUUCCCGGUUCACCAGCAGCCAACAGCCAAUCGAAGCAGCGCUUGGACCCAGGAGCCAGUCAGGCAUGAGCCAGCCGAGUCAGUUGUCCACCAUCAACCAAUCCCAGCUGGGCCUAAGUGGGAACUCUGUUACCCAUAAUUCUCCCUCACCUCCUGGAAGUAAAUCUGCCACACCAUCUCCCUCCAGUUCAGCACAUGAGGACGACAAUGAUGAUGGACUCAGGCUGGGCAGUGGAGGAGAGAAGAGGCCAGCAACAGUGGAUAUCUCCAAGAAACCCAAAACACCAAAGAAGAAGAAGCGAAAGGACCCUAAUGAGCCAGUGAAGCCAGUGUCUGCCUAUGCCUUGUUCUUCAGGGACACCCAAGCCAACAUCAAAGCCCAGAACCCCAAUGCUACCUUCGGGGAAGUGUCAAAGAUCGUGGCCUCCAUGUGGGACGGUCUGGGAGAGGAACAGAAACAGUUGUACAAGAAGAGGACAGAGACGGCUAAGAAGGAGUAUCUGAAACAACUGGCUGCCUACAGGGCCAGCCUCGUCUCACAGAGCUACAAUGAUCCAUCUGAAAUGAAGCCGCCCCACUCUUCCUCCACGUCUUCCUCCUCUUCUACCUCAAUGUUUACACCCAAACCUUCAGUCUACCCCGGUCACCCAGGCCAGCACCCAGUGUCUCUAUUUCCUCUGUCUCAUAGUGUCCACUCAAAGACCAACCAUCUUUUUGGCUACGCCCCCUCCCUCCAGUCUGACUACCAGCCAAUAGGAGGAGGUAUGCUUAAUAGUGGAGCAGUGAUGACAUCAUCAAUGGACUACCACCAGCUGGGUCGACACACGCCGAACCACCAUCCCUCUCUGGAUUGGAGCAAUGAUUACCAUGGAAACGGAGGUCUUCAGAGAGACAAACACCUCUAUCUGAGCUAAUCUCAGGACAAAGUGACACCAAACUUCAACCAAGCCCUUCUACUGCCACACCACGGAACCUCUAGCCUCAUCCCUACAUGGACCCAGGCCAUCCUAUUCCAACCUCAACCCCCUGAGGACCCAACCAACAGACCACCUUUCAUUUGAACUAAACUCGAGUUCAGCACUUCAAACUAAAGCCCAAGCAGUAGAAUAAUGGGACGUUUCUGUCUAUUACUAAUGUCUCUAAUAAGGGGCAACAGGACAGUUAAGAACAGGGCUCCUGCAUGUUCCUUGGCUGGUCUCACAUCUGCUAUUGGCUGUAUUUUUUUGUACUGAUCCUUUGCAGCAUGAGACUUGCUAUGAUUUGAAUUGAAAAUGUGUAUAGCAGCAGGUUCUACGCUGUAAACCAUGAUGAUAGGUGUAUAUACUCCAACCUCCCUCAGAAAGAAGGGAUAUUCUGUCUAGUUUCCUGUCUGCCCUAAAAAGUUCAUAUGUAGUUCCUCAUUUUGUAAAGAUGGUGUUUACCGUCAGUUCCAAAAGGCUCUGAUGAGCAAGUGUACAUUGCUGUAACAUAAUGGUUUGAGCUGUUGAUUUUUUUUAACCUUGUAGUUGCUGUAUCCGUCUACGGCCAAAGUCAAUUGAAUGCAGCACACAAACAAAAGGUUGAUAACCAAAUAGUACACAAACUGUUUCCCCACUGGUUCUUUAAUUAUAUGAAUAUAAGCCUUGAGUUUGAUGCAGUGUGGACUGAAGUCCCACACACUGUCUGCAGAGACAGAAAACGUAUUGUGAUUCUGAACAGAAGCAGUGUUGAACGCAGCGAUAAUGGCUGAAUUCACACUGCUUUAUUCAGCUAAAGACAAAUAAGAGAAAAGAGGUGGAGCAGUGUUGCCUUUUUAACCAGGCGCUGACUGUGAAUAAUUGUGUACGAUUAAAGAACUUUCAUUGUUCCCUGGCAGUGAGGCUCAGAUCUGCAGGGUAGAAAUUCAAUGUAUUUUAGUCCUUGAAAUAAUGAAAUGUCAAACAAUUCUUUGUUGGAGAAAAAAAAAAAGAAACAAAAAUACUCCUUUGUACGAUGACAGCUCCUCCUCCUGGCAUAUGUCUGUUGAUAAUAUUGAUUUGGAUCCAAACUGUGCGUGCGUGUGUGUGAGCGUGUGAAGUGUUAAUGAGAAGGCAGAGUGGCUGAUUGGGUUGCAUGGUCUCUUUUGUCAUCUCUAUUUCUCUGUGCACAGAGGCUAUUUAAGAAACUAUAACUGUUGCUGGGUUGGCUGUGUUUUAAUGUUGUUUUUUUUAAUCAAAUCAAGUUUUGUUUUAGUGUUAAUGAUGAUGAUGAUGAGAGACACGUCUCUCUCGCUCUGUAUCUCUUUGUAUUAAUGUGUUUUUGGCAGAUGAAAGGACUCUGGGCAACAACAACCAUGAAGAUUUUCUUAUUUUUAGAUUCUAAUAAUGUGUUUGAGAAUAAAGUCAGUGCUGCAUUGAUGUGCAGUCAU